UCUGCGUUGCAUAGAAACAGAAAUUCUCUGAAGGAAGCUGUUGCUACAAAAACAUGAAGAUUCUAACUACAAAACUAGCGUUUUGCCAACAAUAGAUAAAGUUUUUCUACUUAUUGUGCUAGACUACUGACAGCUAAAGCAGGUUGCUAGAUAUAGCAUAAUAUCAGGAACAUAGCAAUAUCCCUGACUAGGUGUUAUGUUAGCUAGCCUAACAAGUAGCCACUGCACUGGCUUGGCUAACGUUACUGUAGAUAGCUAACCAACGUCGGGUUGAAAACAUGCCAGUUUCGACAGCUAGCUAAUAAGUUAACUUAGACAUGACUUCGAAUGGGUUUGGGUCAUAUUUUAAGUGAAUGCAUGCAAAGAUGUGUAGCUAUAUCUAGUUAGUUAGCUAACGUUAAUCAGUUAACUUGGCUAGCUCAGAACAGAAGCUAGCCAGCUACUUGCCGUUAAUCACAGACUAAGUUAAGUGCAUUCCUUUUGCUAGCUAACUUCUAGCCAGGUACUGUAGCUAGCUAAGCUGCUGUGAGACGCAGCUGAUUUCCCCAUCCUAAAGGUAGGAUGGCAGGCGACGCCAGUGGCAUUCCUGAACUGGACCAAGAGAAAUAUGAUGCAGAUGAAGAAGUCAAGAUCAUCUGCCUUGGAGACAGUGCAGUGGGCAAAUCCAAGUUGAUGGAGAGGUUUCUGAUAGAUGGAUAUCGUCCCCAGCAGCUGUCAACCUAUGCCCUGACGCUUUACAAAUACACUACCACCAUCGACAGCAAGGCUGUAUUAGUAGACUUCUGGGAUACGGCCGGACAGGAGCGGUUCCAGAGCAUGCAUCCCUCGUACUACCACAAGGCUCACGCCUGUAUCAUGGUGUUUGACGUGCAGAGGAAGAUCACCUAUAAGAACCUGACCAGCUGGUAUACAGAGCUGAGAGAGUACAGGCCUGAGAUCCCCUGUGUGGUGGUGGCUAACAAGAUAGAUGCUGAUAUGAAGGUGACCCAGAGGAACUUUAACUUUGCCAAGAAGCAGGGACUUCCUUUGUACUUUGUAUCUGCUGCUGAUGGGACCAACGUAGUCAAGAUGUUCAAAGAAACAAUCAAGAUGGCAAUGUCUUACAAGCAGAACUCUAGUGACUUCAUGGAUGAAGUGAUGCGGGAGCUGGAGAACUUUGAGCUGGAGCAGAAGAAGGAGGAGUCGUUAGAGACAGCUGAGGAGAGACUGAAACCAGAGAGCCCCGAGUCUGUCUGACUGGAUGUUGAUGUGGAUACAUUAUCCUCACAUUAUGGACACAUUAUCUUUAAAUUAUACUGGCAUUGUGAAUAUGAGAGCUGAUUCUGACUGCACUGCAGCUAUGGACUCUGUGGAUAUGUUAUUCUAACUGUGUUGACAUGAUACCUCUUUACCAUGGGAGAGCCUUGCUCCCAAGUCUGUAACUGAUGUUGUGGAUAUGUUACAUUGACAUUAUUCUCA